UGGCCUCUUCCCAGGCACUUCCGGGACGCUCCCUCGCCGGCUCUCCCUUCCAGGAAGUGUCUCUAGGUGACAGCGGCUGCGGGGCGCGAGACUGGGCGCAGCGGCAGGUGCGAGCAUGGAGCACAUCCGCACCACCAAGGUAGAGCAGGUGAAAUUAAUAGACCGUUUCAGCACCAACAAUAAAUCACUAACAGGAACUCUGUACCUUACAGCAACUCAUCUGUUAUUUAUAGACUCUAGCCAGAAGGAGACAUGGAUACUACAUCAUCACAUUGCUGCAGUGGAGAAACUUGCCUUGACUACAUCAGGCUGCCCUCUUGUGAUCCAGUGCAAGAACUUCAGGGUAGUUCACUUUAUUGUUCCUAGAGAAAGGGAUUGCCAUGACGUUUAUAACUCUUUGCUGCAGCUGUCAAAAGCAGCAAGCUAUGAUGAACUGUAUGCCUUCUCUUACAAUCCAAAACAAAAGGAGUCUGAGCGGCUGGAAGGCUGGCAGCUUAUUGACCUAACAGAGGAAUACAAGCGGAUGGGAGUGCCAAACUCUAACUGGCAGUUGUCCAAUGCUAAUCGUGAUUAUGAGAUUUGUGAAACCUAUCCCAGAGAACUUUAUGUCCCCAGAACUGCAAGCAAGCCCAUAAUUGUUGGUAGUUCCAAAUUUAGAAGCAAAGGAAGAUUCCCAGUUCUAUCAUAUUAUCAUAGAGAUAAAGAGGCAGCCAUUUGCAGAUGCAGUCAACCUCUCUCAGGCUUCAGUGCCAGGUGCCUGGAGGACGAAAAUAUGUUGCAUGCAAUUAGUAUAGCCAAUCCUGCUCGUCACUACAUGUAUGUUAUGGAUACCCGACCUAAGCUUAAUGCAAUGGCAAACAGAGCAGCAGGUAAAGGCUAUGAAAAUGAAGACAACUAUGCUAACAUUAGAUUCCAGUUUGUUGGGAUUGAAAACAUUCACGUAAUGAGAUCCAGUCUGCAGAAACUUUUAGAAGUCAGCGGUACAAAAGCUUUGUCUGUCAACAGCUUCUUAUCUGGUUUGGAGAAUUCUGGCUGGCUGCGUCAUAUCAAAGCUAUGUUGGACGCUGCUAUCUUCUUAGCCAAAGCAAUAGCAAUUGAAAAUGCAACUGUGCUAGUUCAUUGCUCUGAUGGCUGGGACAGGACUUCCCAAGUUUGUUCCCUUGGUGCUCUUCUGUUGGAUUCAUAUUAUAGAACAAUCAAAGGCUUCAUGGUCUUGAUAGAGAAGGACUGGAUCUCUUUUGGACACAAAUUUUCUGACAGAUGUGGUCAAUUGGAUGGUGAUCCAAAAGAAAUCUCUCCAGUGUUCACUCAGUUUUUAGAAGGUGUGUGGCAUCUCACAGAGCAGUUUCCACAAGCUUUUGAAUACAAUGAAGCUUUUCUCCUUCAGAUCCAUGAACACGUCCAUUCAUGCCAAUUUGGAAACUUUCUUGGAAACUGCCAAAAAGAGAGAGAAGAACUAAAAUUGAAAGAGAGAACUUAUUCCUUAUGGCCAUUCCUUCUGGAUGAACUAAAGAAGUAUCUAAAUCCUCUAUACAAACCAGAUUUUUCUCAGAAACUUGUCCUCUUGGAGCCUAACACAGUGUCCUUCAAUUUUAAAUUUUGGAGAAAUAUGUACCAUCAAUUUGACCGAACUAUGCAUCCCAGGCAAUCUGUAUCUAAUCUCAUUAUGACCAUGAGUGAACAAAAUAAGCAACUGGAGAAAGACUUCAAAGAACUGGAAGCUAAAGCGAAACAAAGAAACAGGCAAACGGAAGAACUCCUCACUAAAGAACUAUUGCAGUCUGUCCAUCCUACUUCACCAAUGCUUAAAACUUCUCCGUGUUUUAAGAAGCAGCAGCCUCUGUUACCUCUGAAUGACUCCAUUCGAACUAUAGAGGGCAGCAACACAGCAGACAAUCGCUACAGUGAAUACAUGGAGGAGUUGUCAAAAACUGAGCCUGCUGUUGUCAGCUUGGAAUAUGGAGUGGCACGGAUGACCUGUUAGUGAAACAUUGAACAGUGCUUCUUUUUUUAGACUGGCCGAUUAUUGUGAGGAUGGUCUAUUGCUGCAUGACCAAAAUCUGAUUUUUGUAUAGUGGUGAGCUUUGUUACUGUAGAAUAGAACAGCAUGCUAAUUGUUAGGGAAAGUGUUUGCUGUUCUCUUGAAAAAAAUUGAAUUUUGCUGUAUUGAAGAAAAAAAAUGGGGCAUUCACUGAUCCUUAGAGAUUUAACCAAUUAAGGAGUUGUUUUGGAUUUAACAAGUCAUAGUUUGCACUAGAGUGAAUAAAA